AUGUACUUUAGGAGCUACAGCACAACCGCCAAUGGUCCCAAUCACAUCAACUACAUCGUCAACGCGCGAGGAGCUAACAACGUCAACCUCAACAAAUUCGCCUUCCCCGGCGCCGUCACCGACAGCCGGUAUGCCACGCCUACCUCGGUCCUAGGCUUCAACCCUAUUAUCAACUGGAACGACCAGAUCACCAACAUUGCCAACGUCUUUUCGGCUGCUCGACUAGCAGGCAAUGCCUCAUCCAGAGACUCUCUGUUCAUUUUCCUUGGUUCCAACACUGGAAACGAUGUGCUCAACACAUACAACACCACCAACCAGCCUCAACUCAUCACCAACCUGAUUGGCACAAUUCGCUCCAAGUUCGACCAGAUCUACAAUGCUGGUGCCCGUAACUUCAUUUUCCUCUCUGUCCUGCCUGCGGAGCUCAUUCCCCUCAUCCAGAGCCGCGGUGCAACCGACAUUGCCAAGGUUGCCGACUUUGCCCGCAACUACCAGACGGCUGUCGUAGCUCUGAUCAACGAGCUCAACAACAACACCAAGUACCGUGGACAGAUCACCAUCUUCUCUCCGGACUUCACUCAGACUCUCCGUGACAUCAAGAGCGGUGCAUUGAGGACUGGACCUACCGCAGGAUACCUGGACCGUUCCGGAUAUUGCGCUGAUGUUGGGCCCAUUGGCGAGUUUGUCCCACCGAACCCCGACUACACUUCGCCUAACUGCCAGUACUCGGCUCGCAAGUACCUCUUCCACGACCAGAUCCACUUCACCUCGCCAACCCACUGCGAGUAUGCUCUCAACUCCCUGCGUGCAAUGGGAGUUACUGCAACUCCUCAGCAGCUGUCUUGUCAAUUCGCUUAG